AUGGCUAUCUUGCGCCAAGCAGCUUACAUCGCGAGUCUGGUACCACUGGUCAAGGCAGACAUUGGCAUCGGGGGAUUCCUAGCGGUUGGUAAUGAUGCGCCAUGGGGUCUUCCAGACAGUUCGUUCCGGCCUUCGUCGCAGGCCAAUGCCACCGGUUCCUUUAACAUCCCGGCAUUCAACCUGUCUUCGUCAAAUCCGUCCUUAGGAGGUGGUGGGCCUAACUGGAGUAUCGAAAUCUCGCUCCAGGCCAACAUUGCACUCAAUGGCUCUACAGACAAAAGCCUCAGCGCUGCUCAGAAGGCGGACUUCACCCAGCUUAUUUCCAUGAGUCUCAACAACGUGGACACAACAGAAGUCGCCAAAAUUGCGAGUGGCAACAAGAUGUGCGGCUUCAUCCUGUCUGGUCUCAAUUCCAACUCGACAGAAGACAACCAGGAUGAUGCGAGCAAAGGCGGGAACUGUGAUUUCUUCUCUCCGCAGUGCCGACAGGACUUGCAGAGCGCGGCCCUGGACAGCGCAACUGACUGUGGUUCACCCACUAUACCAGACUCUUGCAACGACUGGCUCGGCCUGUCCCCGUCUGGAGACGGAGUUUUGCAAAUGGUUACUUUUGAUUUUACCGAGAAACUGCUCACCGGCAGCCGCUUUUUUACCUUUGGCUCAGCACCAGCGUCGGAGAAUGACGAAACUGAGUACGAUACUGCCAUUAGGAACAUCUGGCCUGUAGUCUUCACGUGGAGCCACACUUCCGGUACGCCACCAGACAACACCACCAAGGGCGCAUCAACGUUGCGCUGCCUCCGUCCCAACAACAUUGCCAGCGGUAGCCGAGACCCCAAUGCUCCCAAAAAGGGAGGCAAUGGGGACGAUGGAGACAAGGGAAAUGGUGAUCAUCCCGGUGCUGCUAGUAUCAAUUCUAUGCCUAGUCUUGGGGCGAUGCUGUUGCUGACGGCUUCCGCCUCUUGGUUUAUGCUAUUGUAA